AUGUCUGAAGAGAAAGAAGCUCAGAAGCAGCAGCAGAUGGGGUCUUUGGAGACUCAGUCACCGGGUCUCUUGAAUCCCGACGAGAAAUCAUCAACCAUGGCUCCAUCUCCGAUCAUAGGAACCUCUUCCAACAACAAUAAUGACCCUCUCAUUGCUGAUGGUCAGACCCAACAAGCCGUCGACGAAAGAGUUAAUGCUGAUGAAGGUGAUAAGGCGGCGGCGUCGAUGAGGACAGCAAACCGAGGAGGAAAGAAGAGGAUUACUGGUAAAACCACCGGAGGUGAAGGGAAAGAUGGGAACGGAGCUGCUGGUGGCCGUGAAGCCGCCGGUGGUCACGAUAUGCACAUAUGGACAGAGAGAGAGAGGAGGAAGAAGAUGAGAAACAUGUUCGCCACCCUUCAUUCGCUGCUUCCCCAGCUUCCUCCUAAGGCUGACAAAUCAACCAUUGUCGAUGAAGCGGUGAGGUGCAUUAAAAGCCUGGAGAUCACACUGGAGAAUCUGGAAAAGAUAAAACAGGAAAGGCUGAGACAAGCCCAGCUGCAGUCUGCUUCAACCACCACCAUUGCGGAUGGCGGCCAUUUUUUGAGUUUCAACUCUCAGCCGCAUCCCACUGUGUCAAGGGAGGCAUUCAUGGCUGAUCAUGGAUCUUCCAUUAUCCAUAAUUCAAGCAAUAAUAACCCCACAAACGCUAUUACUAUUGGAAGUUCAAAUUCACUAUCACUUCCCGGAGUUGUGAAUAACCCAGUAGGGUUUCAGACUUGGUCCUCUUCAAAUGUUGUGAUCAACAUUUGUGGUGAUCAGGCUCAGUUCAAUGUGUGCUCCCUCAAGAAGCCAGGCCUCUUCACCAGCAUUUGUGCUGUGUUUGAGAAGUACAAGAUAGAAGUUUUGUCUGCUCAUGUUUCUUCUGAUGAUCGUCGAUGCUUUUACAUGAUUCAUGCACAGGCAAAUGGAGGUCCGAAUGAGUUUGAAGGGGCACUUUCAGCGGAGGAAACUUUCAGGCAAGCAGCUGGAGAAAUGACGCUUUGGCUAUCUUAA